AUGCAACGAGUUCUCCCCUUCGCUCUACACUGCUAUUUUAACCUAGGUUCUGCAAUGCGCGAUUGGCAUGCGCUAGCGCCAAGCGCAGCGAUCCAUCUGCCCAUGACGUUGUGCGGUGGACAGUGCUUUCGCUGGCGCCGGACACCGCGUGGGACAUGGGUGGGGGUCGUUCGGCAUACCGCCUAUGAACUGUGCGAUCCACUUAAAAUGAGCAUUGCGAAGCCCGAGCAGAAGAAGGCGAGAAAGACUGCUUCAUUCCUUUCUCCUUUGUCCCUUGCGGCGACUGCUGCUCCACCUUUUAUAUCUUCUGCCGAUGUUUCGGCGACUGGGCAGCCUUCCGCUGAUCUCCUUUGGUUCCGCUGUCUCAACUGUGACCUACGCAGCGAAUCGGAUGCUCGUGAGCAGACGCUCUUUCUUCGCCACUACUUAGCACUUGAUGUUGAUUUGCAAAAGAUGUGGCUGCGGUGGACAGCAGACAACCCGAUGAAGUCUCAUCCUCUGGUGAAGUGUCUUACCCCGUGCGGCUCAACUGAUCUCCCCGUGAGUAUUCGCCAUCUGCGACAGGAUUUGCAUGAGACCCUUCUUGGGUUCUUAUGCUCACAGAAUAACAACGUUCCACGCAUCACGAGUCUGAUGGAACGCCUCUCCAUCUCCUAUGGUGAUUAUUUGUGCGAUUAUAAUGUAGUGACAGGUGAUGUGCGCCACGCGGCUCACUGUGGAAACGUAAAGGGGAACCCUUCGGAGCAAAACGAUGGUGGAGGCUGGAUAGCUUUGCAUGCUCUUCCUUCCAUGGACCAGUUGGCGGCAGCCACGGAGGAGAGCCUGCGCGCUCUGGGUUUUGGCUAUCGCAGCAGAUACUUAACCGAAUGUGCGGCAAUCAUCAGUAAGAGCGGUGCUACCAGGGUUCAAAAGGAAGUUAAAGAUAAGAAAAUGAAGAAAAAGGAGGUGGGCAAGCCAGCUGGCCCACUCGCCGCCGUGCAACCGUACAAAUGGUAUGAGGAACUUGCCAGCAACCGACUUACCCUUCAAGAGCGAAGGGAAAAACUUUUAGCCUUGCCGGGUGUUGGGCGAAAGGUUGCGGACUGUAUUUUAUUAUUUGCCCUAGGUCACCACGAACUUGUUCCUGUGGACACACAUAUGGCGCAAGUUGCGGCUGAGUAUCUAGCCUGUCCACCAGCGGUUGUGGUAGCUGCGAAAAAGCAACGUGAAAGCGAAGCCUCGGAGAGGCUCAAACGGAGACGAGGAAGUAACCAUGAAGAACUUGCAAAUGCUGUGGAUAGCGGGGACUCGGUACUGUCAUCUCUGUCAUGGGAAAAUACCCUAGUGGAAUGGUAUAGGAAUGGCAGAGGCAAAAAAGCGAAGUUUCCUGCUUUACUGCUGAAACACCAUGACGCAAUACAGUACGGGUUUAAGCUACUCUUCGGUGAUUAUUGUGGUUGGGCGCACAGCAUAUUAUUUUACGCCCGCAUGAGAUCAUCUGGGAACAAGGAAGCAACAGCAUGA